AUGACUGGACGUGGAGGCCGCGGCGGAGGAAAAGUCCUCCUUCCUCCCAUCAACUUCAUCUUCAAGCUUCUGCAAUCACGGGCGACCAUAUCAGUUUGGCUAUACGAGAACCUGGGCAUGCGCAUCGAGGGAAAACUGAGGGGCUUCGACGAGUUCAUGAACCUGGUCAUUGACGACGCCAUUGAAGUCACGCUUGCGAAGAAGGACGCGCCCGAGGAGAGGCGCAAGGUCGGCCAGAUUCUGUUGAAAGGAGACAACAUUUCCCUGAUCCAGCAACUUCAAUAA